CGCCACUUCCUGCUUCUUCCUGCCCGGCUCUGCCUGCUAGUCGCGUCGCGUCGCAUCCCAUGGAGCUAGAGCCGAGCCAUUACCCCGCGCAGCGGGCGGCCGGCGUGGCCCGCGCCUGCAUCAACUACCGGCGCGGCGGCCCCAACCGCGUCCUGACCUUGUCCAACGUGAGGCGCGCCCGCCUCCAGGACAUUCCAGGGACUGGACAUAAAUAUCACCUUGAAUUCACAUUGAAAGACACUGUCCAGGAAGGUCAUGCAGUUAACUGCACUGCUGAGGUUCUCUACCACCUGGGCAGCCAACACAGUGCUCCAGAAGUGCAUUUCACAGUGGAAGGAGAACUUGGGAAGAACCCAGAUGAAGCAGAUAACAAGUUUUACAGCAGAAUUAAGAGCCUGCAGGAGCCACUAGUUGCACAAAAUAUUCCAGAUAGUUUUGGCAUUGUACCCCCAGAAAUGGAGCCUAUCAGACAUCUAGCUUUCUCUGCCUGUGAUUACAUUAUAUGGCAGAACUCAACUGAAAACACGUGGUACAACCUAGCUCAAAUUCAAGAUGUUCAACAGGUAAAAAGAAAUGAUGAUUAUCUUGAAUUUGACUACACAGUCCUGCUUCAUGACUUUGUGUCCCAGGAAAUUAUUCCUUGGCAAAUGCAAGUUCUCUGGCAUCCACAGCACGGUGUUAAAGUAACACAAAACAGCCGUCAGCCAAAAUAGAGGAGGACUAGUCAUCCAGUACUUCAAUAAGAGAUGCUUUGGUGACAGAAGGGUUAUAUAAGCAAACAGGUAUAUAGGAUUCAAAGUAAAAAUAUAUUCAGGCAGUUAAACUUCCUUGCUUUUUUUCUGUUUUAUCUUGACCAAACAAGUCAAGAGAAGUGUUAAUAUUUCUCUACAGUGUAAAUCUAUAACAAAAACAACACAUUUAGUGCAAGGCUAA